AUGACAUGGGAGGAAAAGUCAAAAGACAAAACCAACCCACCUGAUUUUGAACGUUCCAGAGAUGAGGAAGAUCAGCUGGAGAAGGUGCCAAUUGCACCCAAGAACGAUGAUUCCAAGUGCAUUUCAAUUUUUUGUUCUGUGUGUCAACAAACAAUAUAUCCAUAUGACUUUCUUUAUCAUAAAAAAACCCACAAAGCCCUAACUUUGCUGGGCUUCGAUAGCCCACAAGGAAAGACUGACAACAAAACACUUUUAGCUCAGAGACAGAAACUAAUUUCAAAAUUGACAAAUGUUCCUAAAUAUUCCGAAACACAAAGGCAGAAGAUUGAUUAUUCAUUUGAAUUCCUUAUGGAUAAUCACACUCAUACACCAUAUGGUGAUCUUGCCAAUAUUAACAAUCUGAGUACUUUUAAGAAAAUAAAUAAUUCUUUAAUAAAAGCAUUAUCAAUUUGCCAAGAUAAAAAUUCCACGUGGCAGGGAGACAUGGAAGACAGAUUUAUUGUGCUGGACAACUACGGAAAUAGGUCAGAUACAUGUUUUCUGGGGUUAGUUGAUGGUUCACAUGGUGUGACAGCUGCAGAAGCAGUUGCAGCAGAGCUUCCACUUUUAUUUCUUGACCAGCUUGCUCAAACGGAUUCCUCCUACAAAAAGAGUAAGGAUGAACAGCAAAUUCUAGAUUCUUUUGCCACAGUAAUCAAGGCAGAUUACAGGGAAAAAGAGAAGAUUUUCUCUGAUAAACCAGGCAGUGACGAGACCAACAAGACCAACACUUACGAAUGGAUUCACAAAGCGUAUGCCAAGUCCUUUUGGAGAAUGGACAGACUUUUACGACUGGGAAGGAAUGAGGUUUCCAAAGUUCACUGGAGUGGCUGUUCGGCAGUUACCUGUUUGGUGGAAAGAAUCCCCAGCGAAAGGACAGGUAGCACUGAGGAAGAAGAGAGAAAACAUUAUGAAAACAACACAGGCAGUCCAUUAGCCAGGACAGCCAAAGGUGUUGCUGGGUUACUGCACAUUUCCAAUAUAGGUAAUGUGCAUGCAGUCUUAUGUAAAAAUGGAAAGAGUCACUGCCUCUCAAAAGAGCACAGCACUUCUAACGUAAGCGAGAGGAAACGCAUACUUCAGAAUGGUGGGAACAUCAGCACUCAUGAACCAGACGGAUUAGUAGAGUGGUACCUGAGAACUACAAGGGGUCUUGGACAUCACGGAGAUCCAGUAUUGAAGAGAUCUGUUAUACCUGUACCUCAUACUGUAUCCGUCCCCAUCGAUGACACUUGUCAGUUUCUUAUUUUAGCUUCUAAUGGGCUUUGGGAGGUUUUGGAUUACAAUGAAGUACAUGUAUUAACAUUAACAAUGUUCACUCAUUAUUUAAGAAUGUAUGAAUGUGUUCAACAAAACGGAACUUCUCCGUCUAAGUGUCAGGAUUUGAUACCCCUGACUGAAGACAACUUAAAAGAUUCAAAGGCUAUUAAGGAUCUGCAAGAUGGAACAGAGAUACUCUAUUCCAAUGAAGACAUUUUUCACACUGACUCAAAAGGCAACCUGAAAACAAAUAAAGCAAAGUGUUCUAGAAGGAACUACUUGCAAAGUAAAGAUGGAGCUCCUAAGGAAAGUGAUGAUCACAAAAAUCAAGUGGAUCCAGAACUGCCUCUUUUGAGUAACAAUGAAGUUAGUUCACAGAGCAGAGAGACAAAACAGUCCGAUUCUAGCACACAAGGUGGCUGUAAAGAAGUGAAACAGUCUGAGGACAGAAAUGUGUAUCCACGUCAGAGUUUUCAUACACAGUCACAGACUGCAGAGCAAGAAGACACAGGCACUGACACGUUCUCUGCAACAGGUCCAAGCUACAUGAAGCAGCCCCCAAAAGACACAAAAGAAUGCCUAUGUAAUUAUGACUCAGGUCCACAACUGGCAGAAAAAAUGGACUCCGAGAUAUUUUGUGACAAACCUGCACAUUACGCUGGUCAGUACCCGCUAAAAACUGUAUCACCAGUGGGUUCUAAACCCCCACCAGAGUUUGAAGAGGACACAAAAACAUACCUGUCUGGUUGCAAAUCACAAACUGCAGGAAGAGGCAGAGGCGCCCCUGAGACACUCUAUGACAACAUAGCAAGCUACAUUAGUGAACAACUGGUAAAGACUGCAUUAGCUGCAGGCUCAAGAGAUAACAUUACUAUUUUGAUUGUACUUUUAAAUGGAUGCGAUAAGAUACCCAAUUACCUCAACAUUUAA